CCUAAUAUUGGUUUUGCCAUCACUAGCUUGCAUGUUAAAAACGCCGAAAAUUAAUUUUUGGUUUUGUUCAUAAAAAUAGUUGUGAAAUGGCGGCAGGUCCCAUUGCUGAACGCAAUCAAGAUGCAACCAUCUAUGCCGGCGGACUGGACGACAAGGUGUCGGAAACGCUGCUUUGGGAGUUAUUUGUUCAGGCGGGACCAGUGGUGAACGUACACAUGCCCAAGGAUCGGGUCACCCAAAUGCACCAAGGCUACGGUUUCGUCGAGUUCCUCAGCGAGGAGGACGCCGACUAUGCCAUCAAGAUCAUGAACAUGAUUAAGCUAUAUGGCAAACCCAUUCGUGUAAACAAGGCGUCGGCUCACCAAAAGAAUUUGGAUGUCGGCGCCAACAUCUUCAUCGGCAACCUGGAUGUGGAGGUCGACGAAAAGCUGCUGUACGAUACGUUCUCCGCCUUCGGGGUGAUUCUUCAGACACCGAAGAUCAUGCGAGAUCCAGAGACUGGCAAGUCUAAGAGCUUUGCCUUCAUCAACUUCGCCAGCUUCGAGGCCAGUGAUGCGGCCAUGGACGCCAUGAAUGGUCAGUACCUGUGCAACCGUCCCAUCUCGGUGUCCUACGCCUUUAAAAAGGAUCACAAGGGCGAGCGGCACGGUUCGGCUGCGGAGCGUUUGCUGGCCGCCCAGAAUCCCUCUGCCCAUGCGGACAGGCCGCAUCAACUGUUCGCUGAUGCGCCGGUGCAGAAUAUGAUGCCGCCGAUGUCGGGCCAGAUGAUGCCGCCACCGAUGAUGGCUCCGCCGCCGCCUGUGGUGCCAGUUACGAAUAACAAUAUGGGCAUGAUAGCGCCGCCGCCACCCGUGCCCCAGCCUGCGCCGUUCCCAGCCACGAUACCGCCGCCGCCGCUGCCACCAAUGGCCGGCGGACAGCCGCCCCUACCUCCGGCAAUGGGCAUACCACCGCCACCACGCAUGAUGCAACCAAAUGCCUGGGCACCCCCAGGCAUGCCAGCGCCGCCGCCCAGACCACCGCCCACCAAUUGGCGUCCGCCGCCCGUGCCCUUUGCCCCUGCGCCCUUCGCACGGCCGUACCAACCUGAUGGCUACCAGUACUAGGUCUAGGCUGUAGUGUAUACCAAUUUGGACGAGACGAAAUAAAUUUUAAUAGGAUUUAUCUAUAAAGAAUGCUAUGCUAUAUAUGUGAAGACUAAUAGUAACGUUAUUUGGACAUUAAAUAGUUCUCACACACUUCAUUUCGGAAA